AUGGCUAAGCAAAGGUUUGAGAGGACUAAACCCCAUAUAAACGUCGGUACGAUUGGACACGUGGACCACGGCAAGACGACUCUUACGGCUGCGAUCACCAAGGUGCUCAGCAGUGCCGGCCUUGCCGACUUCAGGGCUUUCGACAGCAUCGAUAAUGCUCCUGAAGAGAAGGAGCGCGGUGUUACGAUCGCUAUUCAGCACGUUGAGUAUGAAACCGAUUCUCGCCACUACGCUCACGUUGACUGCCCUGGGCACGCUGACUACAUCAAGAACAUGAUAACGGGCGCAGCUCAGAUGGACGGCGCCAUACUCGUGGUCAGCGCACCGGAUGGCGCAAUGCCACAGACCCGCGAACACAUUCUACUCGCACGGCAGGUGGAAGUUCCUGCGAUGGUAAUUGCGCUCAAUAAAGUUGACAUGAUGGACGACGAAGAGUUGCUCGAACUUGUCGAACUGGAACUUGAUGAGCUGCUUUCCGAAUAUGGAUUCGAGAAUGUUCCCAUCGUUCGGGUAAGUGCUCUGAACGCUCUGGAGGCCGAAGGGACAGGCCGGGAUUCCGAGUGGGGCAAGGGCAUCUGGGAGUUGAUGGACGCAGUCGACGAGCAUAUUCCUAUGCCUGAGAGGCCGCGUAACCAGCCGUUCCUCAUGCCGAUCGAGGACGUCUUCAGCAUCAAGGGACGCGGCACCGUUGUUACGGGGCGCGUGGAGAAGGGACUCGUCAAGGUCGGCGACCAGAUUGAGAUUGUGGGUAUCAAGGACACCACGACUACUACGGUCACGGGUGUGGAGAUGUUCCACAAACUGAUGGACCAGGCAGAGCCCGGGGACGCGGUUGGAGUGCUCCUGCGCGGCGUAGAUCGCGAUGAGGUCGAGCGAGGUCAGGUUCUGGCAGCGCCCGGCAGCAUACUGCCUCACAAAGACUAUGAGGCGCAAGUGUAUGUGCUGAGUAAGGAUGAAGGUGGCCGCCAUACGCCGUUCUUCAACGGAUACAAGCCGCAGUUCUUCAUUCGCACAACCGAUGUAACGGGCGAAAUCCAGUUGCCUGAAGGCACCGAGAUGGUCAUGCCCGGCGAUAACAUCGAGAUGAAUGUUAAGCUCAUCACUCCUGUCGCCGCCGACGAGCAGUUGCGAUUCGCCGUUCGCGAGGGUGGACGCACGGUUGGCUCAGGCGUCAUUACCAGAAUCAACGACUAA